CAGUUAAUGCUGAGUGUUUCGUAUACAUACUAAAAAUGAAGACUUUGCUUGUAAUCAACUUUUCGGUCUUACUUUUUUUCGGCAUCUCACCUGCCGUACACGCUGCUGAAAAUCUGACAGAUUUGAAACCCCUUCUAGACACCCUCGUGAAAAAUCUACUGGCAUGUACGUCUGACGUUAAAAUAACAAAUAUAACGGCGAUCAUAGACAAAAAUAGUAAAUGCGCAGCCACAACGGGCGAAACCAUUUUGCAAGAAUAUCUAUCUUGCUUAUUAGGUUUACUUAUGGAAAGUCUUACAAACUUAUUGAAAAAUUUGACUGGGAUACAGAAAUUGCUUUUCGAUAUUCUUAAACCAGUUCUAGGACUAGUAUCUGCCCUUUUAUUUAUACUUGGAAAAACAUUAGCUCCAGUCGUCGGUGCUGUCACGAACUUACUAACUGGUUUACUGAAAAAUGAGCCUAUUAAAGCAUGCAUGCAACAAAAUACCCCUUGUGACAGCCCCCUAUUAAAACUACCACUUAUCGGAGAUCUAUUGAAGAGCUUGCUUAAGUGCUAAACCAAUUACGAUGCUCCAAAUGUGUACGAAAUGUAGUAUAUUAAAAAUUAGACUCUUCCGCAAUUCAGAAUAAUUUUGCUUGUAAAAUAAAUAUAGCAUGAUGAUCUGUUCUA